AUGGAUUCAAACGUCGACCUCGCCGACCGCUUCGACAUCUCCGGGCCGACUCACAUCAUGUCGAGAAGAUCGGGCGUCCACCAUUCUUCUGCCAUGGUGAUUGACUGGAACAAUGAGGAGGACCGCCGGUGCAUCGCCGCCUGCGUGGUGAAAGGCACCUACAUCCUCGAGAAGGACAGAACCAUGUGCAGGAUGCAGACGGCGGAGGCGCUUGCUCCGGCGUGGUGGGAGAGCUUCCACUUCCGCCUCCUGGACGUGUUCAGUGAAGAAUCCUUCACGCGCGAGUACGACAAGCUAAUCUUUGGCGCCAUCUACGAGCAUGUCCCCCCCCCCGCCGGCGGUCGGCGACACCCUUGUGCCCCGCAGUACAUCGUCGCCUUCCGAGGGACCAUGCUGCCACACCCUAAGGUGAUCCACGACGUGGUCCUCGACCUGCAGAUCCUCGCCAACACCCUCGAGUACUCCAGGCGCUCCCACCGCGCGCACAAGGCCGUCGACAAGCUCCUCGGGACCAUCGACAGCAGCGCCGUGUGGCUCGCGGGGCACUCUCUCGGCGCGUCGCUGGCGCUGGAGGUGGGGCGGACCAUGAUGGCCGAGCGGGGCAUCAACCUUUCGACUUUCCUGUUCAACCCGCCGCAUGUGUCGCCGGCUCCGGCGAUCAACAAGAUUCUCCCGUGCGAGGGGCUGAGGGGGGAAAUCUUCGCCAAGAGCGCCCGCGUCAAGGCCAGGGUCGGACAGGUCCUGAGCCAGGGCCCCCACCGGGAGCGCAUGGAGGAGCUGUUCGAGCGGCUGUCCCCGUGGGCGCCGAACCUGUACGUGCACGACAGGGACGUCAUCUGCCAGGGCUUCGUCGACUACUUCGAGCAGCGGCAGCAGCUGGAGGAGCGCUGCAGGUCGGCCACCACGCUGUCGUACCGUGACAUGCUCUUCUCCACGAUCGGCAAGGAAAAAGAGCGGCCGCACCUCCUGCCAUCCGCGACACUGUGGAAGAACUCGAGCAUGGACAGAGACGCGCACGGGAUCCAGAAGUUGUUGGCCGCACACGAGCUCCAGCAGUGGUGGAAGCCGGACGGCGAGCUCAGGAUGAUCGCCACACGUUAUAGCUUCGCUUGA